UGUUUGAUGAAAUAAUACAAUGAAAUUGUCUUUACAACGUGUGCACGGACCCAGACGAGCGGAACACUGGGUUGCGUCCACGCACUAGUUUAGAACCGGCUGCGGUAAAUGCGACACGGCGUCGGUGACGCCCGCUAAGGGGCAUCGCUGCUUCGGAUACCGGGGGGGGCGCCCCUCUCGACUUUUGAGGGUUUCCAACACUGCAGCAGGUAACGCUCAGUGCUGGAUGGAAGACGGUCUGGGAAACGGGAAAGACUGACACAUUACCGGCAAAACACCCGGCAGGUGCAGCAUAAUUUGCCGGCAUGGUGAACCAGGUUCAGCGAGGCGACAGGAGUUUGCAGUCAUGCAAGAGCGACUCCAGCGGCGGGGAGAGCUCCAGGGAGAGCUCCCGGAGCUCCACUCCGGUGCUGGACGGGGACCGCUGCGACCGGCUGCGGGACAAGAUGCGCAGGAGGACGGAUUCCGGAGACCGCUGGUUCUCGCUGGAGUUCUUUCCUCCCCGCACAGCCAGUGGAGCGGUCAACCUCAUCUCAAGAUUUGACCGCAUGGGCUCCGGGGGGCCCCUGUUCAUCGACAUCACCUGGCAUCCUGCAGGCGACCCGGGCUCAGACAAGGAAACCUCUUCUAUGAUGAUUGCCAGCACAGCGGUCAAUUACUGUGGCCUGGAGAGCGUUCUCCACUUGACCUGCUGCGACCAGACCAAAGAGAAGAUCACCGGCUACCUGGCCAAAGCUAAGCACCUUGGCCUCAAGAACAUCAUGGCCCUGAGGGGAGACCCAAUCGGAGCAGACUGGGAGGAAGAGGAAGAAGGUUUCAACUACGCCACCGACCUUGUUAAACAUAUCCGAUCAGAGUUCGAGGACUACUUUGACAUCUGUGUUGCUGGCUACCCCACAGGCCACCCGGAGGCCGAGAGCUACGAGGAGGAUCUCCGGCACCUGAAGGAGAAGGUUGACGCUGGAGCAGACUUCAUCAUCACCCAGCUGUUCUUCAGGGCAGACACCUUUCUCAAGUUCCUGGAUGACUGCAGGGCGAUUGGUAUCACCUGUCCCAUCCUGCCUGGCAUCUUCCCCAUUCAGGGUUACCAGUCUUUGCGCCAGCUGGUCAAGCUGUCCAAGCUGGAGAUACCAGAGGAGAUCACCAGAGUCAUCGAGCCCAUCAAAGACAACGACGCCGCUAUCCGUAACUACGGAGUCCAGCAGGCGGUGGAGAUGUGUCGCGUGCUGCUUGACAGCGGCAAGGUGCCAGGCCUCCACUUCUACACCCUGAAUCGAGAGGUCGCCAUCAUGGAGGUUCUUCGACAGCUGGGCCUUUGGAUAGAAGACCCGAGGCGACCUCUUCCUUGGGCGGUGAGUGCUCAUCCCAAACGGAAGGUGGAAGAUGUCCGACCCAUCUUCUGGGCAUCCAGGCCCAAGAGCUACAUCUACAGGACCCAGGACUGGGAUGACUUUCCCAAUGGCAGAUGGGGAAAUUCCUCGUCUCCAGCCUUUGGAGAGUUAAACGACUAUUACCUGUUCUACUUGAAGAGCAAGUCAUCCAAAGACGCUCUCCUGCAGAUGUGGGGCGAUGAGCUCAAGAAUGAAGAGAGUGUCUUUGAGGUCUUCACCUGCUACAUCACAGCCCAAACAAACUGCAAUGGACACAAGGUGUUGUGUUUGCCGUGGAAUGAUGAGCCUCUGGCCCCAGAGACCAACCUGCUGAAGGAUGAGCUGGAGAAGGUGAACAGACGAGGAGUCCUCACCAUCAACUCUCAGCCCAACAUCAACGGCAAACCCUCUGCAGACCCCAUCGCAGGCUGGGGACCUCCUGGGGGCUACGUCUUCCAGAAGGCGUAUCUGGAGUUCUUCACCUCCAGUGAGAAUGUGACCGCUCUCCUUAAAGUACUGAAGAAGUAUGAGCCCCGUGUCAACUACCACAUCGUUAAUGUGCACGGGCGAAACCUGACAAACGCCCCCGACAUGCAGCCCAACGCUGUGACCUGGGGGAUCUUCCCCGGCAGGGAGAUCGUGCAGCCCACAGUGGUGGACCCGGACAGCUUCAUGUACUGGAAGGACGAAGCCUUCGCCUUGUGGAUCGAGCAGUGGGCCAAGCUCUACGAAGACGAGUCUCCUUCACGCAUGAUCAUCAAGUACAUCCACGACAACUACUUCCUGGUCAACCUGGUGGACAAUGACUUUCCUCUGGAGAGCUGCCUGUGGCAGGUCAUCGAUGAUAUGUUCAAGAUGCUUGAUGCCCCUCCAGAGCCUGAGGAUGGAUGUGUCUCUGAAUGACAUCACAGAAGCCUUUUAAGGAACAGCAUUAUGGGAUUGUUGCUUACCUACAAUCCAGAGCGUAGACUACGCAGUGGACCUUUUGGUAUUUUUAAGAGUGAAUAGAAAAUGGAAGCAUACUAUAAAGGGCUAAGAUAUCUGCGUGUGCGUGCACAUGUUGCCAGCACUAGCGGACACACUAUUACCCAGAAUACCUCUGCCCCCCGCCCUAUCUCAGCCAACCAAAGUGUUAAACCUCCAUGAUCUGUGGCUUCAUCCUCCUCAGCACACACUGAGCUCACUAAAAAACAGCUGUCUUUAAAAUAACUUUUCACUAAGUUAUUUUCAUAAGUCAAAUGUUUUUUUAAGUUGGGGUAUAAACCAAAUGUAGGUGUAAGUGAAUUUCUGAUGAUUCUGUAAGAAAGUAAGAGUUCAGCUGCUGAGGACUCCACUGUGCCAUGGACCUAUCUGCCCUCUGCCUUAACAUGUUUUAUAUGUAAGUCAUAUUUAUUUGUUCUGCCUGCUCAAAGCAUUAAAUCAAUUUAAAUACUAA